ACUAUCCUAUUGAGUCAUUAACAAGUGACAACCAGCUGCAAUAUAAUCCCAAAAGGCAAUGAAUAUUUCUUCAUGAUCACCAAUAAAGAGUUUGUAUUGUGAUCUUGAAUGUGAAACACAUAUAUCAUAGAUCAAAUAAACAAGGACAACAACAUUAAGAAGUGAUUCCCUAUCUCAUCCCAUGAUGACAGACGAGGAACUGUUACAGAAGAUAGAAGAGUUGACCAACAACACCAAACAUCAUCAAUUGGAAACUCUUAACUCAAUUCUUCAUCAUAAUUGUUCUGUUAACUAUCUUCAACCUUUUUUUAAUAACAACAAAAGUGUUGAUGUUGAUCCUUCCACUUUCACACGCCUUGUUCCUUUGUCUUCCUAUGAAGAUUACGUUGACUUUAUUCACCAGAUGGCUGAUGAUGGAAAUCAUGAUCCUCUUCUCUCUGUUGAUCCUCUUCUCUGUUUUUUCUAUAGCUCGGGAACUACUUCCAUGAAACCAAAACUGAUCCCUUACUUUGAUUCAACCCUUUCCAAAGCUGCCUCAUUUGUUGGUCACCGGGGCAGUAUCGCGGUUCUUCAAAGGUUGUUUCCUCCAAGGCCUAAUAUCAACAAAAUCCUAUGGUUUCUCUAUGCUGACAAAAUUACAACUACAACUAAAAGUGGCAUAAAAGUUAUGGCAGCUUCUUCAUACCCUUUACAAAGUGGUAAGGUAACUUCUCAACAACUUGCAAUGUUCUCUAGUCCCCUUGAAGUCAUUCUUGGAUCAAAUGUUGAGCAUCAAAUGUAUUGUCACAUUCUAUGUGGUCUUAGGAAUCUUGAUAUUAUAGAUGGAAUUAAUGCUCCAUAUGCCAUAGGUUUGGUUAAAGUAUUUAGUUUUUUCGAGUCGAAAUGGGAGCAGCUAUGUGAUGAUCUUGAUUGUGGUUUUCCAAGUCAUGAGAUAUCAGAUAAGGGAAUGAGGGAAGAUGUGAUAAAAACUAUUGGUGGUCCUCAGCAUGAAUUGUCGAAUAGAAUAAGAUUAGUUUGUGAAGGUAAAAAUUGGGGCGGGAUUGUACGCAGAUUGUUUCCGAAUGUUCGGUUUAUUAAAUGUGUUACGACCGGAAGCAUGAAGCAGUACUAUCAAAAACUUAAGUUUUAUGCAGGAGAAGAUGUACCUAUUCUUGGAGGAGAUUACUUUGCUUCAGAGUGUUGUGUAGGUUUAAAUUUAGACAUAACGCAACCGCCUGAAACAACGCGGUUUGUAAUGCUUCCUACCUUCGCCUACUUUGAGUUUCUUCCAUUUCAGAUGAAUGAGAAUGAGAAAGAUGUUGUUGAACAAACAGUGGACCUUACCGGGGUUGAAGUUGGGAAGAUGUAUGAAGUGGUUGUAACUACUUACCGAGGAUUUUAUCGAUACAAAUUAGGCGAUAUAGUUAGAGUUGUUGGUUUUCAUAAUUCAUCGCCUGAGGUCGAAUUUGUGAUGAGAGCGCCGAAAUCUUCAGCCGAGAUUCUCACCGAAAAAGACUUGUUUACAGCAGUUGAAAAUUUUCAACUUGCACUUAGAAGUACUAUGGGAAUUGACUCCAUUGAGAUUGUUGAGUUUGCAAAUUUCUUGGAUCAAGAAUCGACUCCGAAGCAGUUAAAGGUAUUUAUAGAAGUCAAAGAGGAAUCUAAGUUUUUGGAGGAAAGAGUUAAAUUGUUUAAAACUUGUAUUUCCUCUCUUGAGAGUGGUUUAGGAGCAUUGUACAAGGUGCAGAGAGAUAAAGGUCAUAUAGGGAAUUUAAUGAUAGGCAUCCUAAGACAUGGAGCUUUUAAUCAGUUAUCUGAUUUGGCUAUUAAGAAUGGUACAUCAGCUAGUCAAUAUAAGCCACCUAAGAUUAUAAGGAAUCAUGAAGUUGUCAAUUUCUUGGAAAAAUUAGCUUUUGUUACAGUAUCAAUGGAUGACUAAGAUAAUAUUCUCCCCCUAGAGAAAAUUUUGUAAUUUUUUUCCAUCUGCUACUUAAGUAGCGAACGUGGUAAAAGUGUUCGCUACUUCAGAUAAUAUUCUACAUUUGUUCUUCUUGUGGCUAAAUUUACCUUGUAAUAUUUUCAAAUGAAAUAUAAUAGUUCCUUUGGAGUAUAUUUCAUGAAUCAAUGACAUCAAGACAAAUAAUAGUGAAUUCAAUCAUCAAAUAUAGAAGUAAAUAGACUAUAAAAAAUAUGGCUA